UCGCCAGCGAUAAACGAUGAAAAAGAUUAGGUAUCUGUUAAUAUAUUUUACAGGAUUUCUUAUUUAUAUUUUUUACUAAAAAAAUUGUAAUGUAAUUGUUAGGCUUCAUAAAUAAUGGAAAAGUGUCUUCAGAUAUUUUAGAAGCUUGUGUUUAUUUUGGAUACGAAGUUUGGCAGUUCUGUGUAAUCAAUUGGUUUUGGUAAAUAUGUCAGAGAGAAAGAGUGAAUUGCGAGGUAAAAGCUGGAAACGUGAAAGAGAAGAACGUGGUCGUCGACAGUUGGCACAACGAGAUCGUUAUGUAAGUAGCACAAAUAAUGAAACUGAUGAAUUUCGAGAAGGAAAUCCAGAAGAGCGUACCACUGAAGUUGCUGACGAACUCUUGAAUAAUUCUGAAUCAUUAGUGGAUCCAAAUGUGAAAAAUUUUACCAAAGAUACAAAAACUGUUUCAAAAGAAGCACAGGGUUCUGAAGAAGAAAAUUUUAAAAAUGAACAGUGUACAGCAGAUGAUAAAAUUUCAUCUGUUAAUACUGAAGCAGAAAAUGCUAUUAGUGCUGAAGAUGAAAAGAAAGAAUUGAUGCUUUUUAUUAAUGAAGUUUCUGAAAAACUGAAACUGAAAGCUGAGCUAAGAAGCAUAAAUGCAAAUGCUGAUGCUAACAGACCAGAGGAAUCGUUCUUCAGCAAAUUAGAUUCUAGUCUUAAAAAAAAUACUGCUUUUAUAAAACGACUGAGAAAUAUGACAGAUGCACAGAAAGACUCCUUAAUUAAGGAUAUGAAUAUGUUGAAUUUGACAAAAUAUAUAAGUGAAGCUGCUGCAGCCAUAGUUGAUGCCAAAUUAAAAAUGUCCGACGUAAAUACAGCUGUACAAAUAUGCUCUAUUCUUCAUCAGCGAUACUCAGAAUUUUCUGCUCAGCUUCUUGAACACUGGCAGAAAGUCCUUCCAAUGAAAAAAGAUGAAAAGAUUUCAAAUCCCAGUAAAAUUCGAGUCGAUCUUAGGUUUUAUGCAGAGCUUGUGUCAUCUGGGGUAUUCAGUUUGAGAGAAGGCUUGCCAUUACUUGGAAAUCUAUUAACUGUUUUAACUGCUUCUGACAAAGAAGAACAUGGCAACGUUAACAUACUUCUCAGUUUCUGCCGGCAUUGUGGUGAAGAUUAUGCUGGAUUAGCUCCAAGGAAAUACCGUAUAUUGAGUGAAAAAUUUGGUGUAGAAAUUCCUAAAAGUGAUUUCUUGCCUGCAGACAGGCAAAAAGGGUUGCGUAAUUUACUAAAAGAAUAUUAUAAAUCAUUAUGUAAACAUCUUAUUAGAGAUUACAAAGUACUUCAGAAUAUGGAAAAACAGAACCACAGAAUUCUUCAGACAAAAGGUGAAUUGAGUGUUGAAAGGAAAGAAAAAUUUGAAGCAACCCAAACUGCUUUCCAGAAACUGUUAUCUAACACUCAACAAUUUGCAGAUAUUGUUGAUGAAGAUGUGCCAGAUUUACCUAAAGAUGAGAGCUUUCCACAAGACAAUGAAAGCACAACAUUAGAUGUACAUAAUCGUUUCAAAGAUGGAGAUGCUGAUGGUUCUUUAUCAAUUUGGGAAGAUGAUGACACAAGAUGCUUUUAUGAAAACUUGCCUGAUUUGAAAGCAUUUAUUCCUGGUAUCCUCUUCAAAGAUAGUUCCCAAGUUCCUCUUCAAAAUCAAAAUGAUUCAGCAGAAGAGAAAUUAGAAGAAGAUUUGAGUAAAUUAGAAAUUGAAGAUGCUGAACUCUUGGAAGUUGAAGCUGAGGAGCUAAAAGAUAGUGGUAAAAUUGAUGAUAAAGAUUUAACAGAAACUCUUAUGCAAGAAAUUGAAGACACAGAAGAAGAGAGUGCUGUUAGUAAUACAGCAAAUAAACUUCUUUUGGAUGGAUUUUUGACAUCAUUAUUAAAUUGUGUUAAUAGAGAAAUCAUAGAUCAAGCAGCUGUUGAUUUCUGCAUGAAUUUAAAUACGAGGCCAAAUCGCAAGAAACUUGUUCGAUCAUUGUUUUUAGUUCCUAGAACAAGACUAGACCUCCUGCCAUUUUAUGCACGAUUUGUAGCUACUUUAAAUCCUUGUAUGCCAGAUAUUGCUGCUGAUUUAGUUGCCAUGUUAAAACAAGAUUUUAAGUUUCAUAUUAAGAAGAAAGAUCAAAUAAAUAUUGAAUCAAAAGUCAAGACUGUGCGAUUUAUUGGAGAAUUGGUCAAAUUUAAAGUUUUUCCCAAAUCAGAAGCUCUUUUUUGCUUAAAACUUCUAUUAUCUGAUUUUAUUCAUCAUCAUAUAGAAAUGGCUUGCAAUCUGCUUGAAACAUGUGGCAGAUUUCUAUUUCGAGCUCCUGAUUCUCAUCAACGCACAAAAGUACUUCUGGAACAAAUGAUGAGGAAGAAGUCUGUCAUGCCUUUAGACAGCAGGUAUACAACAAUGAUAGAAAAUGCUUUCUACUACUGUAAUCCUCCUGAGGUUGCACCUAUUGUUAAGGUUGAACGUCCACCAAUGCAUGAGUACAUACGAAAACUUCUUUAUAGGGAUCUUGCAAAGAACAGUACUGAUAAGAGUUCAGAAAAAUAUUCAUCUUCAGCGAAAGUCUUGCGCCAGAUGCGAAAAUUAGACUGGGAUGAUACAGAAACUGCUGCUUAUAUUACAAAAUGUCUUACAGCAGUUUGGAAUGUGAAAUAUUAUAACAUUCGCUGUGUGGCUAAUUUACUUGCUGGCUUGGUAGCUUAUCAGGAAAAUGUUGGAUCCCAAGUUGUUGAUGGUGUUUUAGAAGAUAUAAGAUUGGGCAUGGAAGUAAACCAUCCAAAAUACAAUCAACGCCGUGUCAGCAUGGUUCGCUAUCUUGGAGAAUUAUAUAACUAUAGAAUGGUUGAAUCUACUGUGAUAUUUCGUGUUUUGUAUUCAUUCAUCACUUUUGGUGUUAAUUAUGAUGGUACAUACUCUGAGUUGGAUCCUCCUGAACAUCUUUUUCGCAUCCGCUUAGUUUGCAUUCUUUUAGACACUUGCGGCCAGUAUUUCAAUAGUGGUUCCAGCAAAAAGAAAUUAGAUUGUUUUUUAGUGUUCUUCCAGAGGUAUUAUUGGCACAAAAUGUCUUCUGAAAUCUAUACUGAAGAGUUUCCCUUUCCUGUCACAGUGAAGUUUAUGGUAGCUGAUACUAUUGCUCUUUUAAGACCAAAGCUAAAACUUUUUGAGAGUUUAGAAGAAGCUAUUCAAGGUGUUCAAGAUCUUAUCAAAGAAUUAAAGCCAAAGUUAGCUGAAGUAUGUCCAAAUCUCCUAACUGAUGAUGAUGAAGAUGUAGAAAAAUCAAAACCUCAAUCUCCAACAAAAGAUGAUGCUUUAGGACCUAUUGAAGAAGUUGAUGAAGAGAUGGAUGAAGAUGGCCAAAGUGAAACAAGUUAUCAAGAAGGAGAAACUGAAGGAGACACAGAUGGCUUUAGUGGCAGUCAGAGUCAGCCUUUUGAAGAUGAAAAUGAAGUGAACAGUAGGCAUGGUAUGUCGCAGAGUGAUGUUGAUAAUGAUCCAGUCUAUGAUGCUAAUGAAGAUGCACCUGUUGUUAAACCAGUCACCAAACAAGUUCAGUGUGCAGAGGAUGAAGAUUUUAUGACUGCUUUUGAUAAAAUGCUAUCUGAAAGUAUUUUGCAUCGUAAUCAAGAAUCAGUAAAACCACAAGUAGAUAUAGUGAUUCCAAUGACUAUCAAAGGUGCAAAUGCUAAAAAAACAAUGUCUGCAUUGGAACUAAAAGAAGAAGAAAAGCCCACAAUAAAUUUUGUACUUAUGACCAGAAGAGGUAACAAGCAGCAGGUUAGUGUUUAA